CAAUGUCGCUGAAUCAUAUUGAAGCACUGUCGGAUGCCUUGGCUUCAGCUAAGGAGGGUGAACUGUCCGCUGCUGAGUUCCAGGUCAUUGUUCUGCAGAGUCUUAUCUCACUUAAGGAGAGUCACGUGUCACUCAGAUCCAGAUUGUUUAACCUAGAGGGGAGGGGUUUUUUCAACGCCGGGGACGACGUUCCCUCUGUUUUAAAGGAGAAUAUGACUCUACAGAAGAGUUCAUCAAAUAACGGGGUGGACGACAACAGCCGGGCUCUAGCUGCCGAGAUCAGGAAAGCACAGGACCCCUUCAAUUUCGAGUCAGUGCGACUGUUCCAGCGAGUGUUCGACAGCGAGUGCCUGGACGAUGAGCGAGUGCUGACAUUUAACGCUGCUGUUGCACUCCUCACCAAGCUGGACUUCAAGUUUUACGGAGACGCCAAGUACCCGCUGUCUCAUUACCUCCGGGAAAUUGUGGGAUCAUGUGCUACUGUUACCUUCCCUAACUUCGUUCAGGCUGUAUCAAUUUCAAUAAGUAAACCAAUCCCUCUCGGUUACAAAGAAGGAUUUGAAGACAUGGAUUUGGAUCACAAUGGAAAGCUUGAUGCCAAAGAAGUCUUCAAUAUGAUGAAAAAGAUAUCGGACAGCUGUUACUCGUGGGCAGAUGUGGAGGAUUUCCUAGAGAGUACAGACAUGGACCACGAUGGCAAGAUGGACUACGCGGAAAUGCUCAAAGCUUUCUACUUUUCCCAGACAAUUUCUUUCUGAGCCACGGACGAGCUAAUGACAGUGUGAUUUUAGCGUGUGAACAGUACAGUGCAGGUGACUUGGCAGAUUGCCAUGCCAGGUGACUUGUCCUACUUGACGUAUAAGUACAGGGCACAUUGCCAAGAGAAUAGUUAUUCAAAGACACGGUCAAAGGGGGCGCUGCAAUUCAGUGAAUUAUACUUUUGGACAAAACUUGAAAUUAUUGACCUAAAUAUUUUUGGGAAGUGAAACAUUUUUUAGAAGUAUGGCUUGGAAAGCUGUAGAGAUAUCAACUUGCUGGUUGCUAAGAGUCGUUAUGGUGGUUACUAAGGGUCGUUAUGGCGAUAUUGAUUGAGUACAAUAUGCUCUUAAAUAUGUUACCUCCAAGUCUCUGCUGAAUAUACAUUUAUUUUCUUUUACAUUUGAAUUUUGUGUUUUGAAACGCUGA